AUGGCCAUUGGGAGGUGGCGCAGCGGCUCAUCGAGGCCAGGGCCGAUCUCGAGGCCAAGGACCUUGCUGGUCGGACGCCGCUCCACUGGGCGGCCCGUGAGGGCCACUGUGAGGCGGCGCAGCGGCUCAUCGACGCCAGGGCCGAUCUCGAGGGCAAAGAUACUGAUGGUCCGGGCGCCUGGGAAGGACUCGGAGCACCUUAAGAAGAGGGUCUGUUGUGGUGAGACGCCCCUCCACCAUGCGGCCAAUUAUGGCCAUUGGGAGGUGGCGCAGCGGCUCAUCGAGGCCAGGGCCGAUCUCGAGGCCAAGGACAACUAUGGCAAAACCCCAUGGGAGAGGGCCAACAUGAAUGGAGAGGAGAAGGUCAUGGGUGUUUUGCGCCCUGUCCAAGUGGGCCUGCUGAGUGGUCGCACGGUCCGAUGUGACCCGAAUCCCUGCCUCACUGUUCGUGAGCUGCGAGAAGAAGCCCAGUCUAAGCUUGGGCGUGGGUUCCAGAUCCAGCAGCUCCUCACGCGCUCUGGACAAGUACUGCAAGACCCUUUGACGCUAGAAGAUGCUGGCGUCACUUACGGCGACUUCGUUACGGCCAUCGCUCCGGUCGCAGGAGAAGCAGCACGAGAACGAGAAGGUCUGUCUCUCUGCGUGGAUGCACGUCCUUCGACUGAUCUGCGAGUUGUUGAGCUCGAAGAGGAGGAGAAACCCUGCUGA